ACAACAAAAAGUGUGUAAAAUACAACUUAAAUCUAAAAAUCAUGAAAUUAAAAAUAUCUACAUUCAAAGAACCUAAACACACUGGUGUCGUCGUGUGUGUUAAUUGGAAUAACACUGAAGAUGUAUUUUCUUGUGGAGACGACCACAAACUCCUGAAAUGGAACUUAGUGAACAGCGAAUGUAUAGUUGUUACAACAUUCCCUGAUGACUUCUAUCCGAACGAUAUGCAUUUGUUUCCCAAAAUCAAUGUUGGCGGGAACAAGCACCAACAUGACGUGAUUCUCAUUUCGACGGCAGAUGGCAAAUUCCACAUCGUUAAUCACAAUGGCCGUAUAGAGAAAUCAGUGAAUGCUCAUCAGGGUGCUUGUCUAAUUGCACAAUGGAGUCCUGAUGGAGCCGGACUUCUGACAGCUGGAGAAGACGGUUUUGUCAAGGUGUGGUCUCGCAACGGUCUACUUCGAUCGACUAUCGUGCAAUCCGACGUGCCAUGUUUCAGCGCCGUAUGGAGUCCAGACAGCAGCGCUAUCUUGCAUACAAAAGGAAAUUAUCUAGUUAUAAAGCAAUUGAAUUCCAGUAAUAAAAUUACCAAAUGGAAAGCACACGAAGGGCUUAUCCUUUGUAUCGCUUGGAAUGCCAAUAACAAUUUGAUUCUUUCUGGAUCUGAAGAUGGAUAUUCUAAGAUUUGGGACACGUUUGGCCAGCAAAUAUCGGUGAGCGUGAAACAUGACCAGCCCAUCACUAGUGUAAGCUGGUCUCCCGCUGGGGAUAUGUUCGUCAUUGGAAGCUACAACCUCAUACGACUUUGCAAUUCUAAUGGGUGGUCUCACUGCCUUGAUCGUCCAACUACAGGCAGCAUAUACAAUGUAGCAUGGUCUUCUGACGGCACACAAUUAGCAGCCGCCUGUGCCAACGGGCAUGUUUUAUUCGCUCAUAUCAUUGAUCGAGAGUACACCUGGAAGAAUUACGCCUGCAAUCAGAUAGGUCGCAAAGUAAUUGCCAUAAGGGACAUCAUUACUGACCAAAGUGACCAACUGGACUAUCCAGAUAGGGUCAUACAGAUUGCUUUGGGCUUCAACCAUUUGGUUAUAGCGACAGUGAAGCAGUGUUUUAUUCACAAGCUUACGUCCUGGAAUACUCCAGUGACAUUCGAUCUCAAGGAGGGAACUAUUAGCAUGAUUUUGUUGGCUGAAAGAUGUAUAUGCAUAGUAGAAAGAGCUGGUCUUUCAGUAUAUAGCUACAUGGGUCGUCUACUAGCCAGUCCCCGUUGGGGUGCCAGACCUGAAUCUUUGGGCCGGGCUGCCGUGUCUUUGGGACCAGAUGCCUUGGCUGCCAUUGACCAGGGAGAUAGAAAAUUAAUCCAUGUCUUCGAUCUUCCAACUGGCCUGAUAGUCAGAAGCUCAGCAGAUAACACAGUAACCAAACUGACACAUAAAAUGACUGUCUCUAGCAUCGCGCUUAGCCAAACAGGGCCUAUUAAUGAGAGACAGCUGGCCCUUUUGGACUACAACAGAGAUCUUUAUGUUGUUACUGUGAAGGAUAGCAAGCCAAAGUUCGUCAAACUGGGAUCUCAAAUCCUCAGCAUAUGCUGGAGUUACGAAACAGAGUUGCUGGUGGGGUUACGCGCCAGUUCUGUGGUAGCAUGGUGCUGUCCCCGGGCAGCUAUGCAACCAGACUUGCUGGCUCUCACCACCGUCAGUAAAGAUGUUGUUGACCUUGGCAGGAAUCCGACAAUCCUAAGCGUUGAAGACGGAGUAGUACACAUAUGCCGUGGCAAUGGGUCCAUUUUGCAUCUCUCGAUUGCCGCAUUCCCUGAAAAGUUACUCAAACAUGUAGUUGCAAAUAUGUGGCAACAAGCACUUCAGCUCUGCCGCACCGUUGAGGACGAAACUCUUUGGGCAUGCUUAGCAGUUCUGGCUUGGCAGCACCAUCAGCUACCAGUAGCUGAAGAAGCGUUUGCUUUGAUUCGACAAUAUCAUCAAGUCUGCUAUAUUCAACAUCUUAGAAGUAACAUACCAGAGAAGCUGACAAAUAAUUAGAGGAUUGAUUUUGAUUACUUUUUAUCAAUGAAACCUAGGAUAAUUAGUUCAUUAAAAGUUGUUACUCUACUGAAAAUACCUGCGCUGCAGUGGAAUUUCAAUAGCAAGUGUGUUAAAGGAAUUGUUAAAACUAUUAUUUAUUGUGAUUUCUAAAUAAACGACACUGUAACUGUCAACGUAAGUAA